AUGGUACUCUCGCCACCCGAUGAAUUUGAAAUUGCUCGAUUGCUAUUGAUUGAUGGAUUCAAACGUUUGUAUGAAACGAUAAUGGGCCAUGAGUCGUUACGGGAUGACGAUUUAAUAUUAUAUUGUGGAUUGUUGCAAACGGUCAACAAAGUACAGUUGGUUGACCGGUUAGGAUCGGAGCCAAACAUUGUUGGUUCGAUACAUGUAACCACUUCUCAUGUUAUUUUCAAGGCUGAAGAUAGUGUUAAAGAAAUAUGGGUUCCAAACGGACUAAUCGGAACGGUGGAAAAAGGAACGCUUUCAGCACUAGGGACACCACUAGUAGUGAAAUGUAAACAUUUUUUAACCUUAACGUUUUUAAUAACACGUGACAAAGAGUGUCAGGAUCUCGUGGAGACAUUGAAUAGAUGUGGCAAACCUGUAAAUAUAACGGAUGUAUUUGCAUUUGAAAAUAAAGAAAGAAAUGGUGAUAUUCGUUUCAAUGUGAAAAAACGAGGUUGGGAUCUAUUCGAUUGGGUUGUUGAAUUUACUCGUCAGGGAAUUGGUAUAGCGGAUGAUCAAAAAUGGAAAAUUACAGAUUUUAAUACGGGAUAUAAGUAUUGUGACACUUAUCCAGAAUGUUUAUGUGUUCCAUCCACGACUACCACUCAAACCCUUAUAGGAUCAUGCAAGUUUCGUAGCCGUGCACGCCUACCUGUGCUCACGUAUUUUCAUCGGCCAAAUGCAGCUACCAUCUCGAGAUGUGCUCAGCCCUUAACGGGUUUUAGUGCUCGUUGCGUCGAAGAUGAAAUGUUGAUGAAUGCAAUAGCGAAAACGAAUCCUUCCAGUCCAAUACUUUAUUUAAUUGAUACCCGGCCAAAGAUGAAUGCUAUGGUUAAUAAAAUGCAAGGUAAAGGAUUUGAAAAUGUUCGGAAUUAUACGAAUUUACGGUUCCAUUUCUUUGAUAUCGAUAAUAUACACAUUAUGAGAUCGAGCCUAAGCAAAUUAUUGGAAGCAUGUCAUCGUGCGAGAACGGUUACGGAUUAUUAUAAACAGUUAGAAACAUCCGGUUGGUUAAAACAUGUUCUUGCCCUGUUGGAAUGUGGUAAUUUUUUGGCCACUUCAGUAGCACGCGGAAUUUCAUGUGUUGUGCACUGUUCCGAUGGUUGGGACCGUACGGCACAAUCGGUCAGUAUUGCGCAACUCUUACUGGAUCCGUUUUUCCGGACGAUAAAGGGUUUUCAGAUAUUGAUCGAAAAAGAUUGGCUUGGUUUCGGUCAUAAAUUCGACGAUCGAUGUGGUCAUAUUGGUGCUUUUAAUGAAGAAGCAGCUAGAGAGAUAUCACCGAUUUUCACUCAAUUUCUGGAUGCGACAUUUCAAAUUAUGAGACAGUAUCCAUCUGCUUUCCAAUUCAACGAACGUUAUUUGAUCCAUAUGCACGAGCACGCAUACUCUUGUCAAUAUGGCACAUUUCUCGGGAAUUGUGAUAAAGACCGAAAGGAUCUCAAUCUAGCGAAACGAACGCAGUCUUUGUGGGCAUUUCUGGAUGACCGCCAUGACGAUUACAUUAAUCCUUUAUAUGAAGCGAAUAAGUAUGGUUUUCUGGGGAAAAUAAAUUUGCACCCAUCGGCACUUGCUGUCUGGACAGCUAUGUACAAUCGUUUCGAUACCGGACUUUUACCACGAGAAAAUACAAACGAUGUAACACUGUCCACGAUGGAACAUGUUGGCAUCUUGGAGGCACAUUUGGCUUCAUUGCAAUCAAAAUUGGCAGAAUUAAAACUUUUGGUAGGAAAACAAACGCCGGGAAAUGAAGUGAUGAGCGAUAGUGGUCAUUCUAGUUGUAUUUCUAGGACUCUCACACCUGAAGCUUCUAAUGUUCCAGAUAUUGUCUCAUUAAUUCAUAGUUGUGCAAUGGACGAAAAAGGGAAGAAACGCUCGUGGGAUGGUGGGCAAAAUAUCCAAGAAAGUGGCAUAUACGACGCUUCAUUCCCAUAUAGCGAAAAUAAUAGUCCAUUGCCUGCUUUACGUUGGCAAUCUAUUCGUUCGGCAGAUGAAUGCGCCAAUGUUGAAUGCAGUGCGGAAUUCAUCACGCGCGGUGAGCGUCGUCUACAUUGCUAUAGGUGUGGUAAAAUUCAUUGCCGUCGUUGUAUGGUAUUUACAUCAGAUGGUGUUGAGCGUAUUUGCAUUACAUGUUCGGAAUUAGCUCAGAAGAAUAACUCAUAA